AGUACAAAGCCCAGAAGCGGUUUCCAAGUAGAAACAAAAGCUCCCCUGACUUUUUUGACCACACCCCAUCUCCUGGUGGCUUCUCGUGGCCCCAAAUGGUGGGUACCAAUCUUGUCCCAGGGUGGUUUGGGGUUAGCCUGUCAGCCUGAAGGUUUCCUCGUGGUCUCCCAUUCAAGCACUGAUGUGUCUGAUCCUGCUAAGCUGGUCGACCUAGGUGCUGUCACCUGAGCAGGGCAAAGGAAGCUCAAGCUCACCUUUGGACCUCGAGGGAGCUUUCCUGGAAACCAAGCUCGGCUUUUGCCAGGAAGGCUGGUAACCCAGAGCGGCGGCUACACAUCUCACCCGGGCAGGUGGGAUCUCCAGGUGAAACAGGUGGCCCCGCACCUGGCCUGGUCAGCGAAGGCAGGGCCACCGCCGUCCCGCCUCCUUCGGCCAGCUUCUCCCUCCACGCGAGCAGGACUUCCCGCGGCGCCCACCUGGCCGGCGGCCCUGCUUUCCUCCUCCUUCCUGGGGCGGCGCGGGCUGGCCAGGUCUGAUUGCGCAUUAUUGAAGCAUCAGUCAAGUACUGAUCCGGUAAACAGAUUUUGUUCACCCGAAGGAUGUCUGCAACUGAUUUUGAAAAGUUAGCAGAAAUAGAACUGCAGAAGGAUGAAGCUGAAAAUAGAACAAUGGGAGAAACUGGGAAUUUUUCUGCUGCGCAGUCAAACCGAGAAUUUGGAAUAAGCAUCAAUAACCCACAUGAUGUGGCUCGACAUGGCAUUAUUCACCUUGCAGGUGACGACUGUCUGGGGAGAAAAGUGAUCGCCUUCAGUUCAUGCCGCCUGCCAGCGUCUCACCAGAUCAACCACCGCCAGUUAUUGGAAUAUUUGAAGUACACACUGGAACAGUAUGUGGAAAGUGAUUACACACUUGUCUACUUUCACUAUGGAUUAAACAGUCGAAACAAGCCAUCUCUGAGCUGGUUGCAAAGUGCCUACAAAGAAUUUGAGAGGAAAUACAAGAAAAAUCUGAAAGCGCUCUACAUUGUACAUCCCACCAACUUCAUCAGGAUAAUUUGGAACAUUUUCAAACCUCUGAUCAGUCACAAGUUUGGAAAAAAGGUGUUCUAUUUGAAUUACUUAAGUGACUUGAAAGACCACCUGAAAUACGAACAUUUAAGUAUCCCCGAAGAAGUGAUCCGACAUGAUGAAAAUCUUCGGAUGAAACAGAAGAGCAGAUCCCUUCCUCCAACAAAAUGUCCUCCACCACGGCCUCCUCUUCCAACACAGCAGUUUGGAGUCAGCCUCCAUUACCUCAGUGCUAAAAACAAAGGGGAAUUAAUCCCACCUGUAAUGAAUCACACAGUGGCUUACUUGAAAAAAAGAGGACUUAAAACGGAAGGGUUGUUUCGAAGAUCAGCUGGCAUCAAAAGGAUUCAGGAGAUUCAAAAACUUUACAAUCAAGGAAAAUCUGUUGAUUUUGAUGAAUAUGGAGAUAUUCACAUCCCUGGAGUAAUCCUGAAGGCUUUUCUCCGAGAACUCCCCGAACCUUUACUGACCUUCCCAAUGUACGAUCAGAUCAUUCAAAUCACCAGUGUGGAAAGUAGCUUGCGAGUGACCAGAUGCAAAGACAUUGUACACAGACUUCCUGAGCACAAUUAUGUGGUGCUGAAGUUUCUGAUGUGUUUUCUCCACAUGGUGUCACAGGAAACUAUUUUCAACAAAAUGACCAGUUCUAAUCUUGCUUGUGUCUUUGGCCUGAAUUUAAUCUGGCCACCCAACAGUGCGCCAUCCUUCAGCACAUUGGUGCCUAUCAAUCUUUUUGUUGAGUUGUUGAUCGAUUUCUAUCCCAUAAUCUUCAGUUCACGAAACGUGCCGGGCGAAUGCUUGCCUUGAAAAUCAAAAGAAAGGGGACUGUAAGGAACCCACCCCCCCUCCUUCCCCAUACAAGGCUGGAUGAUGAAUUCCCAUGUUACAAGGCAAGUAUUGGAGGAGGAGAGCCGUGUUGGUUUAUGGGAGCAAAAAAAAUCAGGAGCCCGGCAGCCCUUUUCCCAUUCAUGCAUUUUUAUUAAACAGUAGCAGCUUUAUAGGAUUUUUUGUUUUUUGUUUCUGCACUAUCCACCUCCCACUCGUUUGCUUAGCUCAGCAUCGGUGCUCAAACAAUUCUCUUGCUUUGGGCCAUCUUCCUCCAUAAGCCCUUUUAAAAAUGCAUGAAAUCACCAAUCGGCCUGUUUUUCAGGGACAUUAAUGCCUGAGCUGUGAGUACUGAUUGAAUGGUAAACCCAGACUUCGUUUGCCUAGCUGGGAAUAAGGCAGGGAUUUGAAAUGUGCAUCUGUUGUGUUCCCCCCAGAGUGUGAGUGGCUGAUUGGACUGAUUCUGGGCAUGAAGAACAGACAGGAUUAUAAAAGUUUUGCAUUGCAUUCAAAGAGCAUGUGGAAAUUUGGUUCUGCAUUGCCCCUUUGCUUCCAGACGGCUACACCUUAAGAGAAUUGUGUUUUCUGUGCAGCACAUGCCAGGAAUUAAAUGUGCGUUUAAAUCAA